UGUGGAGAAGGCCUUGGGGGUCUUGGGGAAUGCAAAACUGGAUAUGGGCUGGUAAUGUGCACUCCCAGCCGAUUGCAGCCUGAGCUCCAUCAAAAGUAGCACGGGCAGCAAGGGAGCCUAGCCUCCAGUUACCUGCUUUAGGGGAAGGUGCUUCUGCCCAUGGCAAGGGCUGUAAUUAGAUUAUUUUUAAGGACUCUUCAGCCAAAACUAUUCUGUGAUUCUGAAGGUCCAUCAAUGGCAAGCACAGAGAGAGCGUGUGCUUAGACAUCCAGCCUACCCAGCAGCUGCCUCUUGAUGCCUGGUCUCCCCAGCUGCUGGCACCUGGACAUGCCGGAGCCUGCGAGGUGCACAACCCUGCCACAGCCACCAGUACAGAUUCCAUUGCACACAACGACCUGCAAACGGACACACACAGGGGUGCCUCUCGAGUGCAUGUGAUGGGGUGCUCAGGAUGCAGAGAAACACAGACAGCUCCUAAAAUAGCAGCGAUUUGCUAGAUUAUCUUGCAUCUCCUUUCCAUUCUAAGAAGACUGUUUGUAUCAUUGAAACUUUCUGGUUUGUGGAUCAGCCUCUAAGAAGAUUAAAAUUUAUAACUGGCUUGCGGAAGGUUAGAUCCUUCACGUAACUGACAUUGGUGUUGAGCAUGGACAGGAGCAAACGGGCAGUGCUGUGAGAGCCACAGGAGGAAGAGGAUCACUCCUGUAGCAUCAUCCUUGUGACCACAGAUACAUAUGGGCAACAACAGCAGCUCCACCGUGGAUGAUCUACAAGCUGUUGAGAUCCACCACUGGUACAAGAAAUUCAUGACGGAGUGUCCUUCUGGACAGCUGACAGAGCAUGAAUUUAAGCAGUUCUUUGGGCUUCGAGGGCUGGAUCCAGAGGCCAAUAAGUACAUUGAGCAGAUGUUCCGCACAUUUGAUAUGAACAAGGAUGGAUAUAUUGAUUUCAUGGAAUACGUGGCUGCCCUCAGCCUCGUUCUCCGAGGGAAGAUGGAGCAGAAAUUGCGGUGGUAUUUCAAGCUCUAUGAUGUAGAUGGCAAUGGCUGCAUUGAUCGACAUGAACUGCUCAACAUCAUCAAGGUGAAUCUCCAGGGGUCAUGUUCUUGCCUCUUUCCUCAAAGACAAAUCACACAAGCUAUUCGAGCUAUUAAUGGUGGUGACCAUGAAACUAGUGCAGAAGAGUUCACCAACCGAGUCUUCAACCGGAUUGAUGUCAAUGGCGACGGUGAACUUUCUCUGGAUGAAUUUGUGGAGGGAGCAAGGAAAGAUGAGGAGUUCAUGGAGGUUAUGAUGAAAAGUUUGGACCUGUCACACAUUGUGGCCAUGAUAAACAACCGUCGGCAUAGUGUAUAAAUCAAGCUGGGAGAAAAUGCUGUGCCAAUAGACAGAAGGAUGUCACAAAGGAGAGACAGCAUUUUUCAAAACGAAAUUUCCAUAAACUUGAAUAUGGAAGUAGGAACAGAAAUACACUGCUAUAUUUGUGUAUCUGAGUGCAUGUUCCUGUACAAAUACUGAAGCUUAGCCACAUAAAUGCAAUGCAGGUUCAGAAAAACUGAAUCUGGGUGGCAGUAUUUGACUUGUCUUUCUAAAAUUUAAAGGCCAAAUUUCAGGACACAAAUUUCCUUUUUGUUCUGUGUCCCAGAUUAUCAGUUUGAAACGGACUAAAUGUAACGCCAAGUUUGUGAAGAGCACUAGCAGAACUGGGUGGUGGAGUGUGAAGGAAAUAUUCUGACAUAGAAAAGAAGAAUUUCAAGCAGUUAUUAGUGUAGGGAACGAACAAAAGAAUGUAACUUGUACUGUUCUUGUCAUCAUAUUGGUUCAUAAACACCGGUAUGGUUUACCAGCAUGGUCCAUACCACAUGUGCUCGGAUUUGGUAGUCUCUACAGAAGCAGCUUAAGUCAUAAGACCACAAGAACUGAAAGAAAAACCAGUCUGACAGUGACAAAUCUGUCCUCAGCUGCAGCUGUUUGAGCUUUCUGUGAUCAAAGAACUCUAGCAAACAAGUCAGCAGUUUGGAGCAGCUUCUGUAACCAGAGAAAAUAUGCUACUCAGUUUCCCAAAGUAGAAGAAUUACUUGAGAGAUCAAAUAUUUUAUAUACUCAUGGUCCUACUUAUUCUCCUCUCAUACAAUUGAGUCGCUGGGAAUAUUCAAGGCCACACUAAACAAGGCUUGGAGUAACUCGAUCUAGCCCCAUGGCAUGGGGCUGAAGCAAGAUGAUCUUUGAAGUCCCGUCCUGCCCAAACCAUUCUGUGACUCUAUAAAUGAAGUAUUUGAAGGUGAUCCUAAUAUUAUUGCUUCACACAUCCUUUAUUGGUCUUUCUUCUUGUUCUUGAGGAGACAAUCUAAUUGAAAGAAACAACUCACCAAGGUGACUUGUGAAUUGUGCUGUAUAAUGAGAAGGCUGGAGUGAAGCUGAUACUCUAGAUCAGUGCUGCCAUAAAUGACUCUGAUUUUAUACACAAUGGGAAGAGUGAUUCAGCAUGGAUAGAAGCUCAGCAAACUGUGUCUUGUUCACUGUUCAUUAGAUAAGGUCAUGAUCAGAAGCUCCUUUGAAUCUGGGAAGAGAACCAGAAGGAAAGAAGAAUGCAGGAAAUGUUCAACAGAGUGCCUAUGCCAUAGUUGGCAUGUUUUUCCUGUGCAGGAGAAAGAAUGUGCAGACUAGUAACAAAACUUUAGAUUGGACUUAUUGUUGCUUAUAUUUAGGCUUCUGUGAUGUUCAUAUGUGUAUUGGUUUGCACGGCAAGGUCUUGGUAGCAGGGAGGCUACAGGAAUGGCUUCUUCUUUGAGAAGCUGAGGGAAGCUUCCCCCAUGUCUGGCAGAGACAAUGCCAGCCGGCACCAGGAUGCCACUGGCCAAGCCUGAGACCUUCAGCCAUGGUAGUAACAUGUCUGGGAUAACAUAUUUAAGAAGGAAAAGUUAUUGGGCAGAAGCAAUUGCAGCCAGAGAAGUGAGGACUGAGAAUAUGUGAGAGAAACACUUCUGUAGACACCAAAGUCAGCUAAGAAGGAGAGGGAGGAGGUGUUCCAGGUACUGGACCUGAGAUUUUCCUGCAGCCCAUGAUGCAGGCCAUAGUGAAGCAGAUUGUCGUCCUGGAGCGCAUGGAGGUCUGCAGGAGCGAAGCACAAAUCUACCUGCAGCUUGUGGAAGAGCCCCAUGUUGGACCAGGUCCUGGAAGGACCUCUGGGCCUGUGGCGAGAAGAGCAGGUUUCCUGGUAGGUCUUGUGACCUCACAGGGGACUAACUUUAAAGCAGUUCCUGAAGGACUGAUCCCAGGGAAGGUACCUCACACUGGAGCAGCUCAUGAAGAACCACAGCCUGUGAGAAGGACCCAUAUUGGAAAAAUUAAUGGAGAACUGCCUCCUGUAGAAGGGAUCUCAUGCUGCAGCAGCACAAGGACUCCUCUUCCUGAGGGGGAAGCAGUGGCAUGAACUGACUGUAACUUCUGUUCUCAUCUUC